AUGAGUACGUCGAUCGUGCUGCCGGGCGACCAGGUCUCCUCCAACGCGCUUCCCUCAGCUUCAUCGAAAACUCCUCUGCGGCUUGGUUCAGGACUCCGAUUGCUGCAUCAGCCACAGAACAAAGCCAAGUCGAAGUCUCCAUCAUCAUCAUCAUCACAGACAACGAUUGAAGCCACACAUGCGGGGCUUCUUUCGAUAGACCACAUUCGCAAAUCCGUCUCAAUCCAAACCUUCCCUAACCGCCGCUAUAUCCCAACUGUCAACGACCUGAUUAUUGCUCAAGUUCAGCGCUCCUCAACAGAUUUCUUUCACUGCAUCGUUACUCCGCAUGCACCCUUUGCUGUGCUGGGUCAGCUAGCCUUUGAGGGUGCGUCGAAGAAGACAAGACCGAAUCUGAAGCAAGGCGACCUGGUUUAUGCGCGAGUGCUCUCCAUCGGUAUCGGGGCUGGCACCGAAGUGGAACUUACAUGCGUGAAUCCUACUACGGGCAAGGCAGAACCAGGGGGGUUGGGUCUGUUGAGCGGUGGGAUGCUCUUCGACGUCUCGACGGGGCUUGCUGCGCGGCUCAUGAAAGCAAGUACCUCUUCGUCGUCCGCCGAGGCAGCAUCGGUGGUUGUCUUGGAAGAGCUCGGAUCAAAACUCGAGAGCAAAGGGGGCUUUGAGCUUGCAGUGGGGAGGAAUGGGAAAGUCUGGGUUGAUAGCUCUAAUAGCGGCGAUCUGGCCGUCAAAAUCACUGUGGCGAUUGGGAACUUUGGAUGUGGGAGCACUAUGGGACAGACAUCGUCGCAAAUAACGGACGAGAACUCCGCAAUCGAUAAGCUCUACUCACAAGAACAAGAAAACGACGGCCAAGAAGAGGAAGAAGAAAUCACUCCCGUGAAGAGGGAACUAGAAAAUAACGCUGCAACACAAUCCACCAACGAGCGAGACCCUUCCCUUACGCCAAAGCGAAACCGAUUUCCCUUCGAAAUCAGAGUCCCUAGACCAGCAGAAGUGCUCACAAUGGCACGGCCACUCAAUACUCCACGGCCAGAAAAGCAGACAGAGACUACACAUCCCGCGAAAAGAAAGCGGGCCGACGACCCAGCAAACUCUUCUUCCCCUCAGAAGGAAGACACGUCGUUAAAGAACAAAAAAAAGAAGCUUGAAGAGGAAAGAAGCCUCAAAUUUCGACCGGGACAUGUCAGCGCGAUCAAUGGGAAGAAAACGGGCUGGUUUAGCCCCGAAGAAGUCAGAACACUGGAAAAUUUCAAGGUCGAAUUCUGCAACCGCCACGGCAUCACCCCCGAGGUCUUCGAUGCUUCUGUGCAGAGCUCAUUGAAAAACAAAGGCGGCAUCUUUGAGAUGAACUAUCCUCCCAUGACAUAUAACGAGUUCUGGAAAGCCAUUUGCGAACUUAUCCCCGACCGUGACCGGCGCUCUACAACUCGAUUCAUGCGCCGCCAUUUCCAGAGCGGGGAGAAGAAGCCGCAUCAAUGGGCUGCCGAGGAUGAUGACGAGCUGGAACGUCUGCAUCAGAAAUACGGCACGAAAUGGGCGCAAAUCGCAAAGGAGAUGCAAAGAACGCAUGACGAUGUUGUGCAGCGAUGGAAGAAUAAAGUCGAGCAUCGAUCUACAAUGAAAGAAGGAAGCUGGGCGAAAGAUGAGAUUGACCGACUCCUCGAAGCCAUCGAGGCAACAUACAAGGUCCACGUAGAUCAGGGGGACAAGAAGAAGGUCGGCAAAGACAUCUACGAGAUGGAUGAUCAGUACAUCAGCUGGGGCGCGAUUAGUGAUCGACUUGGGAACACUCGCUCUCGACAGCAAUGCGCCGACAGGUGGCGUAAAAUCAGGCGCGCGGUGAAAUAUUUACGGGCGAGAGGAGAUAAAAAUGCCGUCUUUACGCAUAACCUUCCAAGAAAGAAACGCACUCCUCCUUCUCAUCUUGCUUUCAAAAGCGCAGAACGUGUGAAGCAAUCGUCAGAUGAGGAACAAUCCUCGUCGUCAGACUCGUCAGACAGUGAAUCAGACGGCGCUUCUGAUAGCUCAGACACUAGUCCAGAGGAAGACAAUAAGACACCACCCUCUUCUACAGGAAGAUCGAAAAGGGGUCCAAGUGCACUGUCAUCCCAAGGACUAGGAGCGAACAAACUCAACGGAACAUCAUCUCCUGCUAUCCGAAAGGGAAAUAAUUCAGAGUCUGAACCAGACGAUGAUAGUAAUGACAGCGACAGCGACAGUAGCUCAGAGAGUGACUCUAGCAGUAAUAAGGACAACGACAGCGACUCAGAUAGUGACAGUGACGACGCAGACGGCGAAGAACAGGUUUUCUCAUCCAAAUGA